CACGGCCUCCCUGGCCCUCUGCGAUCCAGGGCCCCGUAUCUGCUUCUCCAGAUGUGCCUUCUGGGGAAAUGAAACGUCAUUUCCCCUUUGAAAAAAAUCUCUGCCCUGCUCUCCGCCAGCAGCAGGCGGGAGGGAACAGCCCUGCUCCUUAGGACAGAGCGCAAAGGGCACCAGACGACAGACCAGGACGAUGAAGACCUCUGUGGCCGCCGUGGCCCUCCUGCUCGUGGCUACUGCCUGCUUCUCCCAGGACGUCGAUGGCCCAUCUCUGACACUGACCUGCUGCACCCACAACUCCCACUCCCCUCUCCCACUCCGGCUCUUGGCCUCCUACACGCGCACCAGUGACGACUGCCCCCUUCCGAGUGUCGUAUUCACCACGAAAGGCGGUAAGAAGAUCUGCACGGAUCCCCGUGUGGCCUGGACUCAGGAUCGCAUCCAUCACCUCGAUGGAAACUGAAUGGAUCCCACACCCUCCUCUUCAGCCUCCACUCCCACCAGAGGAGGAGAGUAAAGACGCGGCUGCAACUCUCAGGGUCUGGGGGUGGGCGGGGGAGAGAGCAAUGGAGUAAUGCAUCUUUCCCCUACAACUGCAUAUUCAAAUCCUGUAUUUGUCUGGCUUGAUUAAAAUAUUUAUCUCUUGUUUCAACCAUA